AUGUCAACUCAUAAGCCCCAGCUGGACCUGCUGGCAAGGGAUCUAGCUGCUGCUGGAAGCGAAACCAGUCGCUAUGUGGAUGGCGAAAACGGGUAUCAUGUUGUCCUUUAUUACACAUCAACGCUUGUAACCGCCAUGGUAGAGGCGGUAGCAAUCUGCGCACGCGUCAGUAUUGGAGUAGAGUUUUCGUCGUCUCUGUGUUGCUUUGGAUGCUGGUAUGUGUUUGUGAUCGUAGAGCACGAUCCUACAUCAUCAUAUGGUAUUGGGUGGCUAUUUGUAUGUGUUUUUACAACUACUUAUGAGAUCGAUGCCGAUAAGGUUAAGCCGCCGUUGCUCAGUAAAUUACGCAGUGGAGCUUCAAAUUACUUUUAUCCGUUACCGUCAUAA